AUGUCCCAUACAGAAUCCUUCAUUGCCCCACCUUCCGACAUGGAAAUUGAAUACACUUUCGAUUUCCACCUUGCCCACAAUCCCAACUAUCCAGUAUUUCUUCGGCCUGAGGGUUCUACUGGCGGUUACAAACGAUUAAUUACCUACUCAGACAUUGUUCCAGGGAUACAUAGAGCAGGUCAAAGCAUCAGAAAAUUGACGAAUACUUCCUCAAGCUCCCCAACGCCUCUGGUCGCUAUAUUUGCUGAAAUGAAUAACAUGACAUAUGCGACUGUUAUCCUGGGUUGCUUGAGAGCUGGUGUGACAGCUUUGCUAAUUUCACCCCGUUUCCAUCCCUCUGUUGUUGCAGAACUUUUAAGAAUGGCCGGCCCUUCUCAUAUUCUCACCAACGAUCGUCUUCGAGAGAAGACCUCGCUCGCCUUGCAUGAGCUAUCGAAGACCCCGUCGUAUGCUAUGCCGGCAGUAAUCGAUGCUCCUCUCCACAGUGAUCUAUAUCCAGGACACAACGACUUUGACCCCCUUCCACGCCAUGCGGAGGAAUUUUCCAAACGUGCACUCAUCCUUCACUCCUCAUGUUCUACCUCGACUUGCCCAAAAAUAAUUGAAUGGCCAUCUAGCUACAUCACUUCCAACUCACUGGCAAUUAAUUACUCCGACAUUUUCAUGGAAGGGAAGCUGUUUGGUGCACAAUCUGCAGAGUUUUUCCAUACUGCCGGGUUAUGCUUCCUAUUUUGGCUGCCCAGAGCUGGGUUUAUCAUGGCUAUUUUGUCCCCCGAUGAUCCGAGAGCGGUCAUACCUGCAGACAGGGAUAUAGCCUUUGAGGGAUUCGUGAACAGUCAGGUGUCCGUUGUAUGGUCUUCUCCACGUUUCUUUGAGGCAUGGUCGAACGACCCGGAGAAAGUCAAGUUCCUGGCAGAGAGAGAAUGCAUUGUGUUUGGAGGAAGUCAACUCAGCAAAGCAGCAGGCGACAGGUUAACGUCGCACGGCGUCAAGAUAUGCAACGUUUACGGAGCAACUGAGUGCGGUUACAUCAGUAAAUUUGUCUCAGAACCGCAAUCCGAAGACUGGGAGUAUUUUUCCUUGAAUCCGGGUAUUAAUUGCCAGCUAGUCCCGCGCGAGAAUGGGGCCUUUGAACCAUACAUUAUUUCUCAGAAAGGGUUCCAUGAACCUGCCAUACGCAAUGCUGAGUGGAAUGGCAGACCAGCAUAUGCCACAGGAGAUGGUUUGGUGCCUCAUCCAUUCAAAAAAGGCUAUUACAAAGUCAUCGGAAGAAACAAAGACCAGAUCCUACUUUCUUCCGGGCAAGUGGUAGAUCCAAUGCUCCUAGAGGACUCACUACGUGAACACGAAGAAAUCAAAUCUGCUGUGGUUUUCGGACACGGAAGGCCUUUCCUUGGAGUUCUCAUAUGGCCGAAUGCGUUAGAAGCUGGUAACGAUACGCCUACUAUACUUCAACGGAUCUGGUCAUAUGUCGGCGGCUUCAUAUGGCAGCCUGUCUCCGAGAGCAAUAACGAUUCAUUUGAGCGCAUCUGGUCCAUUAUUGAAGCUAAAAAUAGCAUGCUUCCUGUUCAUUCUCAAAUUCGAAAAGAGGCUUUCAUGAUAGCAGAUAAGGACAGGCCAUUCCAGUUCGGGGAAAAGGGUCUCCCCAAGCGAUCACUUAUCCUUGACGACUACAGGAAAGAUAUCGAAAAGCGCUACAUGAGCUGCCUCUAA